AUGCCAUCUACCAGCGACGCCACAGCCGCACUCGCCACCCUCUCCCUAAUCAAGCCUACACCCGCCAUUCGCGAUCUGCGCGCCCUCCUCACCGAUGCCGAGCGCAUGCAGCACAGCUUCGAUGAUCGCCCCGCCCUGCGCGCCAGCCCGGCCCGGCGCGAGCUCCUGCACGAAGUAUUAAAGGACCUCCUUGGGCUCCGGAAUCAGGUCUUCACGCGGUACAAGCGGGAUCUCACAGGAAAAGGGAAGGCAACGAGCUCGGAAGAGGGGGGUGUGGACGGGGAUGGACAUGCAGAUAAUACCGCGUACGGGAAUGUUUUCGCGGAGGUGGGGGCGGUGAUCGAGGAGCUGCGGCUGUGGGGGAAAGUAGAAAAGUUGUUGGGCGGGGUGCUGGAGGGGUGUAGGGUUGAGGGGGUGUUUAGCAGUGAGCAGAUGAGGGUCUUGAAGGGGGCGUGUGAGCCGGGGUUUGAUUGGGGGUUUGGUGGCUAA